UUUAUACUUCGAACAGGAGUGAAAUGGUAUAUUUGGACAAUUGACCACCCUGGUAAUCAAGUGUAUAGGGCAAGACCUUUAUGUGAAUUUAAUAUUCCUUAUAAAAAGAAAGAUGUCGAAGAUAUUUACCAAUAUUUAAGAAGGCGUGUCAAUAGUAUCUCUAAAUUUGUUGAAGAAUUAUAUGAAUACUUAAAACAACAGGCGAGAAACAAUCCAGAUAUAAUACAAGAUACAGAAUUCGCCAGAAUAUUGUUAGAUGGAUGCGCAAUUACAAAUCCUACGCCCUCAAAUAGCCCGAGAGAUCCCCUGUACGAUUCAAGUAGCACUUCAUCAGAACAUAUAGAAGAUAUUUUAUCUUCAUUCAUAGAAGAAAAUGUUGAGGAGCUGCCAGAUUCAGAGAAUAAUUGGGAUACACCUGAAAAUUCUGACUACGAAUUAGAGUAA